AUGAAAACCAUUAUCGAGUGGUUACCAAAAGGUCUUAAAGUUUUAAGAUUAGGGGGAAUCAUUUCAACAAAUAAACUUCCAGAGGGAUUAAUUUUUUUAUAUCUUGAAUGCCUAUCAAAUAGAUUACUUUCAAAUAUUGAAUAUAUUGAACUUGGUAAAUCAUUUCAUUCACCUUUUGAUGUCCCUUCAACUAUAAAAACAUUUAAACUUACAAGUAAUGUUAGUGGUUUCUUUCUUUAUAAUGCCGAUUUCAAUGAAUGUUAUUCUUUAACAAAUUUAGAAUUUGGUAGAAGUGAUAACCCAAAUUUAGAAAAUAAUAAUUUUCCCAACUCUUAA